AUGGGCGAGGAGGCUGAGGGCCCCCCCCCUGAGCGAUUCGUGCAAUGCAAACACAGUGGCAUUGGACUCGGAUUCGGUGUCAGCUUCCUUCAUACCGAUAUCCGGCCAAGAGGCUGUCCCCUGGAGCCCGCGAGAUUGCAUAUACAAAGAGAGCAAAAGCGCAGCGGGCUGGUCAUCACGAAAGUGGACAGCGUUGAAGAUGCGUUGAAGCACUCCAGCAGCUGUGCUCGGCUAGAAGCGCCUGGCUGGGGAGCGUCCGUGUCAACGUCGGCUGAAAUGGCUUCUAGGGUCAAUACGCAGGACACCAGCAUGACCGUCCUGAUAACAUUCAUCUCAGCGACUGAACUUCAUCAGAUAGAUCCAUUCGAGGCACGCCUCUCAGAUGCAACGCUCAAGGUUCUGGCACCGCGUGAUGGAGCCUAUGAUGAAGAAGCCGCGGCCCUUCAACGCUUCACCGAAGAGUUUGGCACACACUAUGUGGCAGCCAAACUGCACGGCAUCAAGCUGGAUGCGAGUGUGAUCGCAAACUGCUCCACUAAAUCUGAGUCAAGCAUCCUCGCCGCUGAGUUUGAAGCUUGGGUGAAGCAGUGGUGGGCGUCAGUAGCUGCUGGUGGCGGGCAUGUGCAGAGACAAGCGCCGCAGGCGAUGCGCAGCAUGACGAUUCAUUGUCAAGCCCAGGGCUUUGCUCCUGGCCCCUGCGGGACACCUGAGGAUCUUCUGAGGCAGCUGCAAGCUGCUGUAGACGAGAGCACCUGCUGCGUCCCCCGGAGGGCCGAGACCGGCUGUCUCCUUGGUAUGGAGGUAUGUCCCUGGAGGGGUCUGCCGUGUGUGCAACACGCAUUCAUGAACUUGAAUGCAAAGCCCACAUACUUUCCGUGUCGCGACAUUGUCGGGUUGGCCCAAGACUUGAUCUUCUACUGCUUGAUGUUCGACGUAAGGAGGCGAAGCAUGGUCUCGGUCGUAUCGGAAGAUCUCACCGAAGCUGUGCACCGACAACUCACAGACCUGGCGGAGGCGCAGGCGCAGAAACAGAGGAGAAGCCUUGAACGGCUGAUGCAAGAACCGCAAGAUGCAGUCGCAUAUCAGAAGCAGUUGAACCACGACAUCUCGGACGUGAUACGCACGAUUACAUCGUGUGAUAAGAUCUUGGCAAAGAACAAGGUUCCGAUUGCCGACUGGAUCCCCAAGCGCUUCGAUGGCUGUGCCACCUCGGCAGUCAGGAAUGCUGCGUUUCAGGAAGAUCCGGCAAGGUCCUGGAGCGCCUGGACGGGUUGCCCCCCUGGAGAUUGGUUCAAAGGCGACGGCUUCUGGCUGAAUAGAAUCGAAGAGGUCGCCCUGGAAGUGGACGACCCCCUCCUGACAGAAGAGGAACGAACGGAGCUUGAGCAGGCCGUGGCCAAGAGCUCGGAGGGAGAGGAGCCGUUUCUGACUUUUUCCAUCUCGGAGCCUCGGCUGGGUUUGGGCGAAAGUUUGAACAUCGCAGCGCUUGGGAUCCGGAAUCUGGCCCGUGUGGGGGACCGGGAAGUGUCCCCUCUGUCGGUGUUGAUGACCACCUUCGACCUGCCAGAUGACGUCGAAUGGCUACAGAAGCAGCUCAAUCUGGGCAGAGACACGCCAGUGACACUGUGUGGGCACCCGUGGCCAGCUAGGGAUCGCCUCUGGGGAGAGCUUCAGGCUGUCUUCGAGGAUGUGGUCCUGCAUUUUCCAGGAUCCCCCCACCUCUCCGGGCACUCGAACACCGCCGACGUCCGGAUACCGGAAGCGAACAUGGAGCCUGUGGAGGGAGGAGGCUACAGCGAGUGUAGCGUGCAUUCCAAGUUGAUGCUCCUGGAGUUUGAGGAUCGGCUUCGGGUUGUCAUAUCCAGCGCAAAUCUGUUGCCCAGGUUUUGGCAGAUGAAUAAUGAGGUGGUGUGGGCGAAGGACUUUCCACGACUGCAACACGAGGGCUUGCACGUUUCGGCACUGCUCAACGUCGGAACUUUUGGUCAGACAUUGUCCCACUGCUUGGCAGAGCUACUCAAGGGCGCUCCCGGACAUCGGCGCAUGCAGUGGCUGUCAACACUGUCGCAUUUUGACUUGGAGUGCAAUGUCCACCUCAUCAUGUCCCGCCCUGGCAUCUACGAGAAGGCGCGCCCGCUGAGCCCUACGCAGAUCGGAUUGAGGCUGUCGCUCAUGGAAGAAAGCCUGGAGAUCAUGAGAUCAGAAGAAACUGAGAGCCUGUUGUCGGCGGCCCGUGGGGAAUUUACCGGUGAGGCUUGGCUUCAGAAACGCGACGAGUGCUGGAUGCUGUGCCUGACGGGCUUACCUCUGGCAUUUCUGAGCCCGGUCUCAUGCAAGGCACUCUCCGCAGCUGAGACUCUGGGGUUCGAUGUAACGGACAGCCUGAACGUGGACCUCUUGGCCACAGACCUACAAUAUCCUGAGCCUGCGCCUUCUUCACCAAGCGAAGAGAUUGCCUGCAAGCUGCCGCUGGUACAAGUUACCUUGGAAAGCCCAGGAGGCCUUUUGCCAGUCAUAGACAGCAACGACAUCCCUGCGACGAGCGGGGUCGCCGAAUUCUUGGCCCACCUGGAGAUCAACUAUGGGCUCAUGGCUCUACGAGCCAGUCUGUCCCACCUUCCCUGGCGCCAGUCGGAAGAACGAAGCUUCGUGGCCCUGAGCUCUUCGGUUAGCCGCCUGGAUGGGGACUGGUUCCGGGCCUUUGAUGAUUGUGUGGGCCGGGCAGCUGGUGAGGGAGACUUGCCAGGACCACGCGUCCUGGUUCCAGCAGAAGGAGGGCUCCGAUUCGAAGUGGCCUCUAUGGGGGAGCCGCGCCUCGUGGCGCACCAGGCCCCUUGGCACUCGCCGGGAAGGGAGAAAGUUCGCAAUCAUGGAAAGCUUAUCGCUCGACUUUGCUGGGAUGAGGCGGAAUCGCAGCCGUACGGAUGGAUCUAUGUGGGCUCCCACAAUCUCACCGUCUCAGCGUGGGGCACCAUCCACAGGUCCGAGACCCGCCCCGACAUACACUGGAGUGGAAACCGGGAGCUGGGCGUCCUUCUUGUGGAGCCGAGGUCCUCGAAGCAGGGGCUGUUUCGCCACACCCCUCUGCCUUUCAGCCUUCCCUUGGAGCCCAUUUCCUUGGAAGGUCGGGAGAUUUGGGGCGAGGACUCAUGGGACUGGAGUUGGCAGAAGGAGGGCUAUGAGACCGAGAACGGCACUUGGGAUGAGAAUGAAGAAGACUGGGAGACAGAGGAGCGAGAGGACUGGAGGCUUCAGACCAAAAACUGGUGGUGGUGGAGCACUUGA